AUGGCGGCAAAAACCAAAAAGACAGCUAAUGGUGCUGCGGCUUCUAAGCCCAAAAAUCCCAAAGCUGGCACCUGGUCCACAAUUCAAACCAUUUUGAAUACCGUCAAUCAUACUUUGAUUAUUUUUAUUGCAAUUUUUGUAACGCUGCUGGCCCGCAGCUUAGAAUUCAAGAAUACAGCCAUGCAUAUGUUUCUGACGGUGGUUGGGUGGCACUUUAUGGCCGCCGAAGCCCUGAUGUCCCAUUACCCCCACAACCCCGUAACCAGCAAGCUGUCCCACCGCAACAAAUCCCGUUUCCAUGGCCUGCUGCAAAUCAUUGGUGGUUCAAUGGCCAUUUAUGGGGCCGCAGCUAAAUUCCUAUCUACGGAAGAGCAUUUUACCACCUGGCAUGGAAAGAUUGGUGCCGCUUCAACCUUCCUGUGUUUGGCCAGUCUUUUGGGUGGCACCGUCAACUUCUUCCAACCCAAAUUUGCCCAUAAAGUCUAUAGCCAGGCGGAGAUUAAAUAUCGUCAUAACCUCUUUGGCAUAUUGGGAUUCAUUGUGGCCAUGACCACCAUCAUUUUGGGUUAUUAUACUCCAUUCUUUAUUAAAUAUGUGGAUAAUAGUGCCAUUCCCGCAUUUGUGUUGGCCAGUGUUUUGGUAUUGCUAUUUACCCUGAUUGGACCGGUCACAUCGUUGUUGGACAAAUUGAAACACAAGAAGAGGAAAUAG